AUGAAAUACACUAAGUACGAGUAUGAAAAGAAACUAGCUAGAGACAUCAAAACAAACCCGAAGAGGGUUUUGGCCUAUGUACAGUCCAAAGGACUCACAUGUGAAAGUGUGGGAACCUUGGGGAUGGCGAACGGCAACAUAGCCAGUACAGAUAGCGACCGGGCUGAGACGCUGAUGGACUAUUUCAAAAGUGUCUAUCGUUCAUCCCAGGGUAAUGGAGUCCGAAACCCUAUGGUGGAUAACACUGGAAACGAACUGCAGAUGUUAAUCUUGAAUGAUGAGGAUGUAUGA